AUGGACAUACGUUCCCAUGUUUCUAGGACGUUUUUUAAAGAUCCUAUACGGUAUUAUAGAUUAGCAUGCAAAUUGGUACUUCAGGUGAUUGAAGUUUUAAAAUACUGUAAUAUAGUUAAAGACCAAAUUACUAAAGCAAAAGUAUUUAGUCCAAUUGAUAAUAUGUUAGAAAAUCUCAAUAAUCAACUGAGAAAUCUGCAAUUAACAUUAGACGAUAGAAAACUACCAGCGGAUUCAAUUAAUGCUUGUCAACAAAGAAAAAUAUUUACAUUAUUUUCGUAUAUGCCAGGAAUAAGAAAAUCAUUAAAAGAACGUGGUUGGAUUGAAAAAUGCCCAACAAAUUAUAUGCAAAAAAUUCAAAUGUUACCAUUUGAACAAAUAUUACGUCUUGCUGAAAAUGGAAAUGAAUAUGAAAAAAUUAUUCUUUCAAAAUUAUUAAAUUCUCAUGCACCACAAUUUAUAUGGCAACCAAAAUAUCCUAGAAUUAAUUUAAAAAAUAAAUCAUUUCUUAAUCCCAUACGAAAUCGUAUAUACAGAUCUAAAGAAUUAGAUUUUACAACAAAAACUGGUCUUAUAGGAUGCAUACAAUUAUCAUAUUGGAAUAUAUCAUCUGAUAUGUGUGAUGAAAUAAUGGUACCACGUUAUUUUCUUUUAAAUACUAAAGAAGAACAAGAUGAAUUUUUCAAUGAUUAUAAAACUACAUAUUGUAUAGCUUUGUUAUUAUUUGUAACAGAAUUUGCAUCUGAGACUUGCUUUAGUGAAUAUGGUACAAUACCAACAAAUAUUCUGAAAUUUGCAAUAAAAAGAAUUAAAUCUGAAAUUGAUCAUAAAAUAAGUUAUGAUAUUGAUGAAAAUGAAAAUAAUUCAAAUCAAAUUUUGCAACCUCCAGAAAAAAAUUGGCAAAGAUUUUUUCUAGAUUGUGAUUUAAUACAAGCAAAUAUAAUGAAAUUUAAUAUAUCUAAUGGAAAUGAUUACAAACAAUUACUGGAUGAUUGCAAAGAUUGUAUUGAUCAAGCAAAAUUAUUUUGGCCAACUUUAGAAGUUGAUGGUUAUAAUAAUAUAUGGAUAUUGAAACCAGCUAAUAGUUGUAGAGGAAAUGGUAUUUUAAUUGAAAAAUCAUAUAACGAAAUUAUUGAAUUUGUAAAUAAGAAUCCAAAUAGAAAAUUUAUUGUUCAAAAAUACAUUGAACGACCUUUACUCAUUUAUAACACCAAAUUUGAUAUUAGACAAUAUUUUCUAAUGACAAUUACUGAUCAAUUUAUAUCAAUUUGGAUGUAUAAAGAUUGUUAUUUAAAAUUUAGUUCACAAGAAUAUGAUAUUCAUGAUUUUAAAGAAUCCAUUCAUAUAACAAAUAAUUCUGUACAGAAAAAAUACCAAAAUUCAUCUACACGUAAUCAAAAACUACCAAAACAAAAUAUGUGGCAUUUAAAAGAAUUUCUUUUAUAUUUAAAAGAUGAAAAUAAUAUUGAUGAAGAUAUAUGGUAUAAAAAUAUUUAUCCAACUAUGAAAAAAAAUAUAAUUUCAAUUGUAUCAGGAUCAUUAGAUGAAACUGAAUUAAUACCAAAUUCAUUUGAAAUUUAUGGUUGUGAUUUUAUUCUCGAUAAAAAUUUAAUACCAAUUUUACUUGAAAUCAAUGCAAAUCCAGAUAUGUCAGCAUCAACAAAAGUUACUGCUAAAUUAUGUCCUCAAGUAUUAGAUGAUUUAAUAAAAGUAGUAAUUGAUUAUCAAAAUUUAUCUGAAUCAAAUACUGGAGAAUUUGAAAUAAUUUUCAGAAUAAAAGUACCAAAAGUACCUUUACCAAUUAAUUUAUCAAAAAUAUUGGAUUCUAGUGAAAAAAUUGCUCUUACACUAGGUUCAUCAUAUCCAUAUGAAUUUGUUAAAGAAAAAUUAAUGUAA